AUGCAGAAAAUGGUCUAUGACUGCUCUGCUGAAACGUCAGCGCUGCGCCAUGCGAAAACAUGCUCUGGUGAGCUCUCAGAGCGAUCUUCUCGACCUGGAUUGAAAGAGAAUAUCAUCAAACUUCACAAGAAUUACUUAAAUAACACGGACGUUGGGCGGCAUAUGGCAUGGCAUGACAAUGUGAGGCUCGGAUGUGGUCAUCAUCGAUGCGAUGGGUUCAUAUUUGCCGUCUGUCACUAUGGACCUGGUGGCAACAGGAUCGGCGAAAACAUCUACGGUCGGGGCAACACAUGUGCCAAGUGUCCCGGAAAUUCCACAUGCAACGACAGCACAGGAUGA